AUGUCAGAAAAACUUCAAAUAUUCGAACAACCACGAGUGGAUCACAGCAUAAUUAGAGAAGAAGAACAUACAUACAACCCGGAAGCACGUUAUUUGGAUGUAAAUGACGAAAUAGAUAUAAUUAUUAAUCAAGAAGAUCUUAUGAUACCGUUAUCGGAAUGCUAUCUUGAUAUUGAUGGAGAAUUUGACCAUGACGAUCUUUUGCCUAAUAACAUACCACCUUUAAAUGGAAAUAUUUAUUUGACAAAUAACGCUGGAGCGUUUUUAUUUGAAAGCAUUACUUAUGAACUUAACAAUAAAGAAGUUGAUGUAGUACGAGAUGUUGGAUUAUUAUCAACCGUUAAAACAUUCUUGUGUUAUGGUGAAGAUGAAUCAAAUGAGUUGGGUGGAGCUGGUUGGGCUGUGGAUGACCACGGAAUUAAAACAUUUAACGUUGUAGAUAAAACGUUUUCACUGAGAAUACCUUUAUCAUCUUUGUUAAAUUUACCUUACGAUUAUCAUCGCGUAGUUACUGGCAAACAUAAAUUAAGAUUGGUACGCAGUAAAUCUGAUGAUAAUUGCUACGUAUCCACAGGCACUAGGAGAGCAAGAAUUAAUAUAAAAAAUAUUGCACUGAUAGCAAAACAUGUCUAUCCAAACGAUGAAAUGAAAAUACAGAUGUUGAAUAAAAUCAAUAAAAGUAAGGCUAUAUUGAUACCAUUCAGAAAAUGGGAAAUUCAUGAACUGCCCAUUCUUCCUAGAUCUAAAAAUGAAGUGUGGAAAGUGAAAACCCUGCAAAGUGUACAUACACCUCUUUAUUGUAUUGUAUUUUUUCAAACUAAUAGGAAGAAUAAUCCCCUGGCGGAUGCAACUAAAUUUGACAACAUCAACAUCAGAAGCAUACGUCUACACUUAAAUUCAAAUGUAUAUCCAUACGAAUCUUGGAAAUUAGAUUUUACAAAAAAUCGUUACAGAGAAGCGUAUCAAGCAUACUGUAACUUUUAUAAACAGUUUAAUGAUCAGGAUAGAGCAAAACCGAUAUUAAAAUAUGAUGAUUUUAAAAGACGCUCGAUAUUCGUUUUAGAUUGUUCGAAACAUCCCGAACCCAUUCGUUAUGCAACUGUAGACGUAUCACUUGACUUCGAAUCGGACAACGAUUUUCCCGAAAAUACUAAAGCCUAUGUAAUUAUCAUUCACGAUGCCAUCAUAGAGUACAUACCAAUGCUGAAAACUACAAGAGAACUUAUUUGA